CUACACAACACGUGCAUACCUCGUUUUUAUUUGGUUUGUGUUUUUGUCGAAUUUAGUAAUUAUCCUUUUCUGCAUUGGACAUAAAUUUGGCCAAGUGUUUAUUUAAUACCCAGUUAGCAAUAUGGGCAAAAAAACUAAAGUUGGAAAAGCGCGUAAAGACAAAUUCUACCAGCUCGCGAAGGAGACAGGCUUUCGUUCGCGUGCUGCUUUCAAAUUAAUACAGCUUAAUCGUAAAUUCGGCUUCCUUCAGCAAUCACAAGUAUGUAUAGAUUUGUGCGCCGCGCCUGGUGGUUGGAUGCAGGUGGCCAAACAGAAUAUGCCUGUAUCCAGCAUUGUGAUAGGUGUGGACUUAUUUCCCAUACGCCCUAUACCUGGUUGCAUUAGUCUUGUUGAGGACAUUACUACGGAAAAGUGCAAACAAUCCUUAACCAAAGAAUUGCAGUCAUGGAAAGUUGAUGUUGUACUGAAUGACGGUGCACCAAAUGUGGGUCGCAAUUGGUUGUUUGAUGCGUAUCAACAAAUCUGCUUGACAUUGAACGCUUUAAAACUAAGUACGCAUUUUUUACGUGGUGGUGGCUGGUUUGUUACAAAGGUGUUCCGUUCAAAGGAUUACAAUGCUCUGCUGUGGGUGUUGAAACAGCUGUUCAAAAAAGUACAUGCCACUAAACCAAGUGCUUCACGUAAAGAAUCCGCCGAAAUAUUCAUCGUUUGUCAAGGCUAUUUGGCACCUACACGUAUCGACCCUCGUCUGUUAGAUCCGAAAUAUGUGUUUGAGGAAUUGGAUUUGGAAGGCAAUAAAAAGAACUCUCUGUUACAUCCCGAAAAACAGAAACGCGUUAAGGCUGAAGGCUACACCGAAGCUGAUAUAGCGCUGCGUAACGAUUUGUCUGCUGUGGAAUUCAUGCAGGCAAGCAGCGGCUUGGGUGCGUUGCAAGGUAUUAGAUCGAUAAUUAUUGACGAUGAGCGUAUAGCAAAGCAUCCGAAAACAACACCGGAAAUACUCGAAUGCUGUAAAGAUAUUAAAGUGCUGGGUCGCAAGGAUAUUAAAGGACUAUUGACAUGGUGGAAAGCAGUAAAGGAAGACCUAUUUAAAAAACCAGAAAAGGAGACAAGUGUUAUAGAAGAAGAUACGUCGAAAAAAGCGCUAACCCAAGAUGAAAUCGAGGAUAUGGAAGAUGAAGAGUUGCAGCAGCAAAUAUCGGAGCUUGCUGUGGAAGAGCAACGUGAGUUAAAACGGAAGCGUAAGAAGGAGCUCAAAUCAAAGCAAAAAUUGCACGAGAAAAUGAAUUUGAACAUGGUAAUCAAAGGAGACGCUGGACCACACGAAGAGGCUGAAUUAGAAAUAUUCGAUUUGAAAAGUAUCAAAUCACAACGUGAACUAGACGAAAUGUUGGACGUGGUGCCGAACUUUGACGUUGAGGCUGAAACAGAAGAAUUGCCAAAAUUACCAAAAUAUAAAGCAUACAGCAAAGAUGAUAAACAGCUCGAUGACGACGCCAACUAUGAAAACGACGAUGAACCAGAAGUUUCUGCUGAUGAAGCUUCCGAAAGUGAUUAUGAAAGGGACGGUUUGGGCCUGAGCGAAGAUGAGGAUGACACAGAUGAAGCGCAAAAGAAAAAGAAACGAAGCGAGCAUCCGCUUAUAAAAUCAGGGGACUUCAGAGAUAAGGAUACAAAACGUCAACAGCGAGUGCAACUUUGGUUCGAAAAAGAUAACCUGCAACAAAUAGAUACUGAAGACGACGAGGACUACGAUUUGGAUCGCUUGGCAAACGAAUAUAAGAACAAAGGUGUCGCAGUGUUGGGUGAGACACAGCAACAAGGUGAUUCAGUGCAGUUACCACUAGGCAGGAAAGCAAAACGACGUGCUAGACACGACAAUGCAAAAGAAGCGUCGACUUCGGAAUCGAGUGAUGACAGCGACUCGGAAGCUACAGUAAAUGAAGAUAGUGAUGAAGGAAACACGAAAAAAACUGCCGGCAAUAUGGCUAAAGAGGCAAAAGCAAAAAAGGUACGUCUUUCCGAGGAAGAGCUUGCUCUUGGCGCAAUGAUGAUUAAAGGGAAAAAAACUCGCCGGGAUCUCAUCGAUGGUGCUUGGAAUCGUUAUGCAUUCAACGAUGAAAACCUACCGCAUUGGUUCGUACAGGAUGAAGACUUACAUAUGAGAAAACCAGUGCCAGUACCAAACGAAAUCACAGAAGAGUAUGAACGGAAAGUGCAAGAAUUAAAUGCACGUCCCAUCAAGAAGGUUAUGGAAGCUAAGGCACGAAAAAGAAAGCAUGCACUCAAACGUUUAGCUAAAGCAAAGAAACAAGCUGAGAAAAUAAUGGACGAUACAGAUGCAACAGCACAAGAAAAAGCAAGACAAUUAAGAAAGAUCUACAAAAAAGCGCAAGAGAAGAAGAAAGAAAUUACUUAUGUGGUAGCGAAGAAGCAUCAAGCUGCAAAACGAGCGAAACGGCCAGCAGGGUUAAAGGGACGUUACCGUGUAGUCGAUCCACGCCAAAAGAAGGAUAAGCGGUCAAUAAAUGCGAAAUCCAAACGCGAAAAGAAGCGUAAGGGUAAAAAGUAGGAAAAAAUGUAUUUAAGUAUGAAAAAAAAAAAUUUUGCUUAUAAAUAUUAUGGGCAGAAUUACGUAAAUAGUUGUAGUUAAUUGAUAAAAUGUACUCAUACAUUCAUUUAUCUCGCUUAUUUUUGGAAUGUGGCCAUGAAAAACUGGAUGUUUUGUCAUUAUUUACCUCAUGAGCCAAUUGAAAACUGGGUUUGAAAUAAAAGGUAUGUUCAUAAAGCAAAUAAUUUGUAACAAUUGCUACAAACUGUCAA